CCAGUACCCGUUCUGGGCCGGGGCGCCUGGGAAAUAUAGUCGUAGGAUCCCGCGACUGAGGGGCCGUGAGGGGGCGGGGAAGUGAGCGAGGCUGGCUGGCUGGUUGGUUUCCUGCAGCUCCCCUCACGCAGCGAGGUUGUGUCCCAGGCGCUCCUCUCCUACUCAGGGGACUGACCUCAUCCCCGGCUAACCGGCCGGUCCUUAUUGCCUAUCGAGCUCCUCGCCCGAGUCAGGCCCGCCACUGGAGGCUUCGCGUCCCGCAUGCGUGUUAGGGGUCGUGUGGCUAUUUGAUCGUCAGCUCCUUUGCUUAAAGUAGUGCUAUUUGCCGUACGGAGACUACCAAGACUGGAGCUUCUCCCUUAAAUCAGCUCCUUGCUUCCUGUAGAAGUGUUAAAGUCUGUUCUUGUUUGGGAAGAAUACCCCGACCAUAGGAUCAAGGAAGAUUUAAAGGGCCAGGCUGAUUGUUUCCUUAAUGCAGGUCUCCGGAGGUGGCUCUGGUCAAUGCAGAGCCACGAAGUGAUUGGCUUGCUUGUCUCAGCCUCCCUUUGUCUAGUCUCAUCCUCCCAGUUUACCCAAGAGCCAUGUCCAGGCCCUCCCUCAUCACCUUCACCCCGGCCACCAGUGCCAGUGACCUCUGGAAAGAUGGGCAGCAGCAGUCACAGCCUGAAGAGCUGGAGCCCACCCUGGAUGGGGCUGCAGCCCGGGCGUUCUAUGAGGCCCUGAUUGGCGACGAAAGCAGCGCCCCUGAAUCCCAGAGAUCUCAGCCUGAACCUGCCAGUAAGAGAAAGAGGAAGAAGAGAAGAAUAAUGAGGGAAGCUGCUGCAGGAACCUCAGGAGGACAUGGACAAAGGAGAUCCCUUGAGGCGGAGGACAAAAUGACCCAGUGGAUACUGAGGGCAGCCCAAGAGGGUGACCUGGCAGAACUAAGAAGGCUGUUGGAUCCCCGUGAGGCAGGGGGAGCUGGGGGCAACAUCAAUGCUCGGGAUGCCUUCUGGUGGACCCCCUUGAUGUGUGCUGCUCGAGCAGGCCAGGGAGCUGCUGUGCGCUAUCUCCUGGGCCGUGGAGCUGCCUGGGUAGGGGUCUGUGAGCUGGGUGGCAAGGAUGCUGCUCAGCUGGCUGAAGAAGCAGGCUUCCCUGAGGUGGCCCACAUGGUCAGAGAGAGCCAUGGAGAGACAAGGAGUCAAGAGAACCGGUCACAAUCACCCUGCCCCCGGUACUGUGAGACCUGCGAUGCCCACUUCCAAGACUCUAACCAUUGUACAUCCACUGCUCACCUGCUGUCACUGUCCCGCGAUCUCAGGUCCCCCAACCUGACCCUUGGGGUGCCCACCUCCAGCCCAGGCUUCAAGCUGCUGCUGAGGGGAGGCUGGGAGCCUGGAAUGGGGCUGGGACCCCGGGGUGAGGGCCGCACCAACCCCAUCCCCACUGUCCUCAAGAGGGACCAAGAAGGACUAGGCUACAGAUCAGUGCCCCAACCCCGAGUCACACACUUCCUGGCUCGGGAUACUCGGGCUGUGGCUGGGAGGGAGAGAACCCCUCGGGUGACCACACUGAACCGCAGGGAGGAAAGAAAGCAGGAGGAGAAGGACAGGGCCUGGGAGCGGGACCUAAGGACAUACAUGAACCUUGAGUUGUGACCUUGGUAAGGUCUGAUCAUGGUCUAUUGCUAAGUCUGAACUUGGGCGUACGUACUUUGGCUUUUACUUCCUGGGGUCUGCCCAGUUUCUGGAUCCUCAGGUUUUGUUUAGUGGGCUCUGCCUUUGGGAGAGAGGGGCUGAGCAUUGAAAAAUAAAUCAAUCUUCUCCCUC